AUUUCGUGGAUGGAGAAGUUUUUGCGGAAGGGAACUAAGAUCACUGCGCCUGUUCCAAUGACACCAGCUGCUGGAACUACUGGACUUGGUGGUUUUGAUGUUCAACUAUCAAGAGGAAGUUCUCUACGGUCCAAUGCAAGUGCUUUGAAUGUUGGUGUUCUCCAUCUUGUCCCCACUUUGGAUGUGUUCCCAUUGUUAGAAGACCCAAAAACGUAUGAGCCUAAUACAAUUGAUCUUGCAGAUCCUAGUGAAUUAGAAUAUUGGUUCACUAUUUUGUCAGAGCACUUGCCAGAUCUUGUGGACAAGGCUGUAGCAAGUGAAGGCAGAACAGAUGAUGCCAAACGAAGGGGUGAUGCAUUUGCUCGAGCAUUUUCUGCUCACUUGGCACGGUUGAUAGAGGAGGCUGCUGCAUAUGGGAAAUUAGGCCUAGCCAAUUUAUUGGAAAUGAGGGAAGAGUGCUUGAGAGAGUUCCAGUUUGUUGAUGCCUAUAGAAGUAUAAAACAGAGGUAUACUUUAUUUUGGAUAAUGCUACUACUUAGCAAGCUUGCAUUCAGCUACUAUGAGUCAGGAGAUAUCAAGAUUAACUUUCAAUGUGAAGCUUGAUGCUACCGAUGCAAUUUAGUUAUUUAUUAAUAUGUUAGAUUAUUCUAUCUUUAAGUGCUAAGUGUAAUUUGUGACAUUCAUGUAACAUUAGGAUGGUCAUCUUAUUUUUUUUGGGUAUCUUUUUAUUAAAACAGUGAGAUGUUGGCCAAUGAUGUUGAAAAAUAACAUCCAAUUUUAUAGGUAUCAUGUAAUGAAUAUUAUGUUUAUUUAUGUGAUUUUUGGCUUUCUUUUUUCAA